AUGAUUUCCGCCAUCCGCAAUUCGCGCAUGGAGGAGUUUAAGCAGCAUUAUCGCAGUCUGGAUGCCCUACUCAUUGAUGACAUCCAAUUCUUUGCUGGUAAAGACCGUUCCAUGGAAGAAUUCUUCCACACCUUCAAUGCCCUGCUGGAAGGCCAAAAACGUAUCAUCCUUGCCAGUGACAAGUUCCCGCGCGAUCUGGACGGCAUUGAAGAUCGUCUCAAAACCCGUUUUAACUGGGGUUUAACCGUACAGAUUGAAUCCCCCGAUCUGGAAACCCGUGUUGCCAUUCUGCGCAAGAAAGCCGAAGACGCGGGGCUACGCCUACCCAAUGACGUGAGUUUUUUCAUUGGCAAGCGCUUCCAUUCCAAUAUUCGUGAUUUGGAAGGCGCAUUACAACGCGUCAUUGCCAGUAUGCGCCUCAAAUGUGUUAACACGGUGACGAUGGAUUUCGUCCAGAACGCGCUACGUGAUCAGUUGGCCAGUCAGGACAAAAUGGUCUCGAUGAGCAACAUCAAGAAAAUUGUCUCCCAGUACUACAACAUACGGGUAACCGACAUGGACUCCAAAAGCCGUACCCGUUCAUUGGCACGUCCACGUCAGAUAGCGAUGGCUUUAUCCAAGGAACUCACUAACCACAGUUUGCCCGAAAUUGGCGAUGAAUUUGGUGGGCGUGACCAUACGACGGUCUUGCACGCACAACGCAAAGUAGCCGAAUUACGCGAGUCAGAUCCUAAGCUGGAAGAGGAGUACCGCAUCCUAUUUAGGACGUUAACAAGC